UGAUGUGUUGACGAUCAUUUGCUUUUGCUAAUAAGACAAACAUACUUCCAAAUGUAAUGUGAUCCUAAUAGUUGACUGGUCCGUGCUUUCACAGAAGCAGCCUUUAUCCAGUCUGCCAUCCCGGAAGCGGAGGAAUUUGGGGGUUGGGUUAGAGAAACAUAGCAGCUCCGCGUGCGGUAGAGGAAGACCGCACGGAUACAAACACGCACACCGCGUAACAAAAUACCGAAGACGUGACCUCAAACUACACGGAUACAACCACCAUAAACAUCGCUUCGGAAUGGAUAAGCGGAAAAGACAGUAGUCUCGGGUGGGACAGAGGAGGAUGGGCGCAGAGUCCUGGUGUCGGUGUAGAUGUCUCUCGGUCGGCUCUUGCGACGCGCCUCCUCCAAGGCCUCGGACCUCCUGACCUUUAACCCAGGGUCGGCGGGGUCGCGGAACAGCUUGGACGGAGAAAUCAUCUUCUCCAAGAACAAUGUGUGUGUGCACCCUGCCGAGCCCCUGCCGGGCCUGCCCGAACACCACCCAGGGUACCUGUGUGUCCACAUGGAGAAGGAUGAGAGCCUGGGAACCACUCUGAUCCUAACCUGGGUUCCCAACUCCCGCAUCCAGAAACAGGACGAGGAGGCCCUGCGUUACAUCACCCCAGAGAGCUCACCUGUCCGCAGGAACGCUCGGCGCAGGCCCCGCAGGCCCCACUCCCGACACCCUCCAGCCCAGGAGGAAGAUGAGGACCGGGAGGAGGAGGAGAGGAUCGGGAGCAGAACUGGGAAUGGAGGGGGCCUGGGUCUGGAGGCCAGCAUAGAGCCCCCUCCUCCCCAGCAGCAGCAGUCCCAGUCUGGGGGGGAUGAGGGGGAUGAGGGGUCCUGUGAGCUGUCGGCUGACGAGGUGAGCAGGGACAGCACCAUGGGCUCGGACUCGGACACCACCUUCUCCUCACCCUUCUGCCUGUCGCCCGUCAGCGAGUCCCUCUUUGAGAGCAGCGGCUCUGUGUUCCUGGACAACGAGAGCAGGGAGCUGUGCGACGAGUCCAUGACCCAUUCUGCCAGCUCCGCCUCCAGCCUGGACAGCCACGCUCCCUCUGAGAACAACAGCCAAUCACAGGGCAUGCGAUGGGAGGAACAGCAGAAGGUGCUGGCGUUGGAGCAGCUGGGGGGAGUGUUCCGGGUUGACCUGGGUCACAUGAGGUCGCUCCGCCUCUUCUUCAGUGAUGAGGCAUGUAACAGUGGUCAGCUGGUGAUCGCCAGCAGAGAGAGCCAGUAUAAGGUCCUCCACUUCCACCACGCAGGUCUGGACAAGCUGGCUGAGAUCUUCCAACAGUGGAAGUGCUGCAGAGAGACCCAGCUCAAAGACCAGGUAGUGGAUGAGAAGUCAUGUAUGCAGUUCUCCAUCCGGAGGCCCACCCUGCCGUCCGCUGAGACCCACCCAGAGGAGCGUCUGUACCGCCGUCUGGACGUCACCACCUGGCUCCGACACCUCAACCACAACGGACAGGUGGAGGAGGAGUACAAGCUACGCAAGGCCAUCUUCUUUGGGGGCAUUGACCCUUCCAUCCGUGGGGAGGUGUGGCCCUUCUUACUGCACUACUACAGCUGUGACUCCUCCUCCCAGGAGAGAGAGGCCUGGAGACUGCAGAAACGCUCCGAGUACCACGACAUCCAGCAGAGGAGGUUGUCUAUGAGUCCUGAGGAGCACAGUGACUUCUGGAGGAAGGUUCAGUUCACCGUGGACAAGGACGUGGUGAGGACAGACCGCAGCAACCACUUCUUCAGGGGAGAGAACAACCCCAAUGUGGAGAUCAUGAGGUGUGUGCUGCUGAACUACGCGGUGUUCAACCCAGAGAUGGGCUACUGCCAGGGCAUGUCUGACCUGGUGGCCCCCCUGCUGACCGAGGUGCAGGAUGAGAGUGACACGUUCUGGUGCUUCGUAGGCCUGAUGGAGAACACCAUCUUCAUCAGCUCUCCCCGCGACGAGGACAUGGAGAGACAACUGAUGUACCUGAGGGAGCUGUUGCGUCUGAUGCUGCCCCGGUUCCACCAGCACCUGACCCAGCUGGGGGAGGACGGGCUCCAGCUGCUCUUCUGUCACCGCUGGAUCCUGCUCUGCUUCAAACGGGAGUUCCCCGACACAGAGGCCCUGCGUAUGUGGGAGGCCUGCUGGGCACACUACCAGACGGACUACUUCCAUCUGUUUGCGUGUGUGGCCAUCAUCGUGCUGUACGGUGAUGACGUGACGGAGCAGCAGUUAGCCACUGACCAGAUGUUGCUCCACUUCAGCAACCUCUCCAUGCACAUGAACGGGGAGCUGGUGCUGCGCAAGGCCCGUAGUCUACUCUACCAGUUCCGUCUGUUACCCAGAAUCCCGUGCAGCCUCCAUGACCUGUGUAAGCUGUGCGGUCCAGGGAUGUGGGACAGUCGCUACAUCCCGGCCGUGGAGUGUUCCGGGGAGCAUCCCGACUCCCAGAGCUGCCCCUAUGGAGGCACAGCCCCCCCCAGCCCUCCCCGUCGCCCUCCCCCCUCACCCAACCCCACCCCACUCCCCGAGGGCAAGAGAGGCUCCAAGACCAGAGACAUCUUCAUGUUUCGGAAGCAGUCCUGAGUUGAAAUAGGGGGGAGGGAGACAAUGGUGCUAACUGUAACUGUUGAGUCGAUCAGGAGCUCCAGUACCACUUUUCUGCCACUUGGAUUCCCAACAUACUGUAUGUGCUUCUCUCUGAUACUUCUCUUCACACUCUCCCCCUUUUCACAAUCCCCAUCUUAUUAAAGGGAUUUUCCACCUGAUCCUUUUGUCCGGUGUGACAUGGAACACUGCCUUAUAAGAAUGUAUAUUUAUUUGGAACAUUCAGUACCACAGACACUUGGCACUACGGUUCCCAUGAAGAAGAAGAAGCUGCUCUGCUAUUGGAGGAGAUUGUCCAAUCAUCACUCUGUGUUGGACUGUAACCGUUCAGGGUCCACACUGUGGUCUAAGGUUGCUGGACUGGAUUCAAGGUGACUCCAACGGUCAGAUACUGACUUGAGGUGUGUUGUCGUACUUUGAACUCCAUCGAAAGGUUUUCAUAUGCUGACAAUGGAAUGUUUGUGUGAAUAAUGGAAUUAUAUAUUAUCUCAGCAUAUUGCAAUCAGGCUGAAUGAAGCCUUUUAACACUACACACUUAUAAACCUCCAUCAACCAAGAGAGGCAAGUUGUCAUUUCAACUGUCAGUAACUUGAAAUAUUGUUACUUUUCCAAUCAUAUAUUUUUUCCGUUCCCUUCAAAGAGGGAGUAUGUGUAUCUGUGGGUUUGCGAUUACAAUAUUUAGCAAUAUAGUACAAUUAUAUCCUUGCAUGAGCAACCCUUUAAGUAUAUAGGGCACAACCUGUUUAGCGAAUAACACAAAGCCCAAAACAGAGGUAUGUAGGAAACGUGUUGUGGAAACAGUUUUCUACAAACAUCCUUAUCCAGAUUCCUGUUCAGAAACCUGUUCAUUUAUUCUGACAUUAUCAGAUUCCUGUUCAGAAACCUGCUCAUUUAUUCUGACAUUAUCAGAUUCCUGUUCAGAAACCUGCUCAUUUAUUCUGACAUUAUCAGAUUCCUGUUCAGAAACCUGCUCAUUUAUUCUGACAUUAUCAGAUUCCUGUUCAGAAACCUGCUCAUUUAUUCUGACAUUAUCAGAUUCCUGUUCAGAAACCUGCUCAUUUAUUCUGACGUUAUUAGAUUCCUGUUCAGAAACCUGCUCAUUUAUUCUGACAUUAUUAGAUUCUUGUUCAGAAACCUGCUCAUUUAUUCUGACGUUAUCAGAUGACACUGCCUGUCAGCCACAAGGAAGGUGGGAUUUAAUUUAUCUUUGAUAAGAGGGGAUAUGAAUAAAUAUGGCAUCUAUCAAAGCAAUAGGGAUUGAAAAAUAAAAAUUAGACUAGAUGUAGAGUUUGUGAAAAAUAUGCAGUGAUGGUUGUGGAUAUCACACCAUUACCAGUCAGUGUACAGUUUGGUCAGCUAGCUACAUAUCGAAUACGAGGCAGGAUAUUAGACAUUGUGUUUGUAAGUUUACUUUAAGUUUGUUUUUGUUAAAUGUCAGACAUGGCGGUUGUGUAUAAGCUCAACAGAGUGUUUUUUUUUUUCAUAUCUAGAAACACAUUGACCUCCACCUUGACCUCCAAGUGAAUGAACACCACAUUGUUGUCACUGCACUAAACAAUAUUAUAAGUAAUUUGAUUUGUACAGCACAGCUUCAAUCAAAUACAAUGAAAUCUCAAGGUUCUUCACCUGCACCAACCAAGUGAAUUUGUCCAUAUGAAUGUAUCCACUUUGUUGCUUUCUAUUCUCUUCACUGUUUAUUUCACGUGUGUGUGUGUGUGUGUGUGUGUGUGUGUGUGUGUGUAAACGGCAGUGACCUCCCAACAUCUGGUAAUGAGUUGGGGAGCAGCCACCAAUAGGCCUCCACUGACCGAUCUCAAUUACACAACACAUCACAGAGAGAGAGAGAGAAAGGGGGAGAGCGGGCGAAAGAGAACCCGACCUGGUCCAAAUACUAUUUGAACUAAUUUUAAGUGGUUUAUUUGUGGUUGAGUGAGCUUGCCUGGCUGAAUAAUGGGCCAAUAGAUUAGUCCCAAAAGGCAGGCAGAUGACACCAAAAGCUUAAAGUAUUUGAAAGAUUUAAAUUUUUUACAUUUGAAUUUAUUUCCCAGAGAAUUAUCAAGGCCUAUCAAGUGAAGUGUUGAGAUCUGCAUGUUUCCUGUAAUCUGUGAGUUCUCACGGUGGCGAGGGUUCUGGGGGUGGGUGUUAGAGUGCCACUCCUGGGGGAAAAACAUCUUCAAAUUGCCACUAAAAGGUAACAUUAGGAUCUUCAAGCUGCUUCCCCUCUCUCUCCUGCUCAACAUGCAGUCUCUGCAAAUGACAUGCAUUACUGGCCCCUGCGUCCAUUAGUCAUCUGUGGCUGCUGCUCGCUGAAAAAGCCUGGAGAUUUAGAUUGUACCAACCACUUUAUAAAGGGCUAACCGAUGGAUGGUAACGUGAUUUGGAAAAUAAUUGGGUGGCAAGGCGGCGGGGCUGUGUGUGUGUUUGUGUGUGUGUGUGUUGCUUAUCUCGAUUCUUCAUCUCUUUCCAUGGACUGCUUAUCUCACAUGUUGAAACUGUUUCUGCACGUGAGUCACUGUAACAUGUCUUUGGGUUUAGCUCUAUUUAAAAACGGUUUGUGACUGAGUUAUCACUGAAUGUACAGUUCUAUAAGGUUCUAUAAUAAUACACAGGCCACUGAUGAGGGUCUACUGUGGUCCUCUGCUUUAGUAUAGCCAACACAUGCAAGACUGGCUUUCACAUGCUGAAGGGCCGUGGUGAAGGCAGAAACAUUGGUGAUUUGAAAUAAAUGGUGUAAAUGGAA